GAAAACAUGAAACACGGUUUAUUUUUAUGAAGUUGUUUCUCGACAGAGGUGAAGUUUGAGUUUGUGAAACACUCGUGUGAACAGAAGCGGGUCCAACAUGGCGAAUAGAUUGUUGAGGUUUCGUGAAACCGCAGAUGAUUUGCUGUCUGACGCUCUCAUCGACCUGAACAACAGAAACAAGGACAAGCUCAACAGAUUAUCACAAGAUAACCCGAACUUCAGAGACAAGAGGACCUGUGAGUGCAUCUUCCUCAUAACUAAAGAGCUGAGACUUGAUCCUCUGGUUGGAUACCAAGCCAUCGAAUUGCUUCAGAGGUUCAUGGUGAAGCUCCUUACAGAUUUGCUCACCUCACCCUCACCUCAAGCAGCAGCUGCUGAAAGACAUCACGAGGAUGCUGUCUUUGACGAGAUCAAGAAAAAAUUCCCUGUCUUUGUCUUCUCCUGCUUGCAACUCGCGAGCAAACUGUCUCUGUACAGUGACAUAAUCACAAACAAGGCUGCUGUGCACUUUCUGCACUCAGUCGGCAUCAGUGUUUCCAAGAAGAAACUCUUCGAGUCAGAGAUGACGAUCAUGAAAGCACUUGAAUUCAGACUAAAUGCCCCAAAUCCUCUGACGUACGUGGAGUUACUUCUGGAGGUCCUGGGACACAAUGAGCCGUCUGUCCCUGUGGAGCACCUGUAUGACUUGUGCCUCCACAUUCUGCAGUUUGUCAGAGUGGACCGAACCGCCAUCUACGACACAUUGUUAGAGAGGACCACUCAGUGUGGCAGCCCCUCCAGAGAACAGAGAGAGAAGUUUGUGACAGUGACUGAAGACUACAUGCUUCUUGGUGUUGGGGUCAUCGCCAUGGCAACGUUCAUCCUCUAUGUCAGAAAAUGGGAAGCGGUUGUGGCAGAACUGACUAAUAUCACAGGAAUCUCAAGCCAGAGCAUCUACGAUUUCACCCAUGUGAUUCUGACGCAUAUUGUUAGACCCAGUUCCUCUGCAACAUCAGCUGGAGCCUUAAUGACACACACCUACUGAACACUGCUUCAUACUGUCACUGUUUAUGGUGUUGACCUGUCAGUGUUACUAACAACCUUGUUAUGGCCACUAACAAUAUAAAUAUAAUAAAUAUUAAAUUGA